AACAGAAGCAAGAUGGCGGCCCCCAGUAACGCUGAGCGUUCUCCUGAUCCAUCGGUGCCGCUGAAGAUUCCCAAAACCGAGGUUCCUUCUCCGGAAUCCGAGGAUCUGAGUGACAGUAACCAAUACCAUUCCAACCCCUCCACCCCUAACAGAUUCUCUCCUCUGAACGUCGGGGUUUCGCUGUCCGGGGGCGCAGGCCGAAGCGGAUCGGCCUCUGCUUCCAACAGCUUCACCGCCUGCCGGGGCAUGUCCUGGACCCCGUCCGAAACCAACGCGCUGAUCGCCGUGUGGGGCAACGAGCGGUUGGCGGAGGCGCGGAUGCAGCAGCUGGAGGUGGCCGGGACGGUGUUUUCUGGCAAGGCUCCGGGACCAGCGAUGUACGAGCGAGUGUCCAGAGCGCUGUCAGAGCUCGGCUACGAGAGAACCCCGUCCCAGUGUCGAGAGAGGAUGAAGACUCUUAGACGGUGUUAUAGCCGAGUAAAGGAGCAUGGCAUUGGGAAGAGGAAGAGCAGUUACUCCAUCGAGCAGCUGGAGAAGGUCUUCGGACAGGGAGGUUGGGAUUCCCAAAGCUGUCAGCCUGUGCUGAUCAACAGCAGCGGCCUCUACCAGGAGAUGGAGUCAGACGGCAGCACAAUGGAGGAUUACUCUCAGGAAGACUGGUGCAAUCAGGACCUCUCCGCGGCCUUCAAUGAGGGAGAUAUAGAGACAGAAGAGAACCAGCUUCCAAAGACCCGAGUCCUUCAGAUACGACUGGAGCCGUCUGAGCACACACAACGCCAGGAAGUGAUGCAGAACGUGAUGCGUAUCCUGGAUUCUGUAGAAGUCAAAUGGGAGCACUUCCAAACGUGGACGGACUUCUCCCGCCUCCACCUCUCCAACAAACUUGCCAUUUUCGGCGUAGGCUACAACACCCGAUGGAGAGAAGAAAUCCGGUACCAUUACGCAGAAAUCAGCUCGCAGGUCCCUCUGGGUAAGCGCCUACGUGAAUACUUCAACCCAGAGAAAGCCGAAGGAAGGGUCAUCAUGACAAAAGUGCAGAAGAUGAACUGGAAAAAUGUGUAUUAUAAAUUCCUGGACAUCACUAUUAGCGAGGCGCGCUGUUUGGAGUUGCACAUGGAAGUCGAGUGGAUACCGAUUGCACAGACGAGGGCGACCGGCUGCAGUAAUGGCUCCCAAUAUCUCUUACCAGGGGGAAUCCCCAAAACUUACGGCCUGUACGCUAUCGGCUACGAGGAGACAAGCCAGUCGGACAAUUCAGAUGAGAAAAUUUCUCCUUCAUCAGAGGAGGAAGAGAUGGACAAUUGUGAAAGCAUUGAGAAGGACAAGAGGACGUCCGCCAAAGUCACAUACUGUUACCUCGGUAUUGCGGAGGAAAGGACGCUACAGCAAUGCCUGUUCCAGCACUUUCAGAAUUCAGGAAAACACUACGGACGCGGAGAGCCGUCGGCUAUAACCCGGUUCCUGCAGGACAACUGCGGCCGCCAGGCCACAGAGGACACGCUUUCUGGAUUACACAUCUAUAUUAAAUUCAUCGAAGUGGAGCUGGACUUUCUCUCCGCUGGAUCUUUAGUGGAAUGUUUAGAGACCGCCGUCGGUUAUUCGUUAAAGUUCAACAAGAAGGAUGCAUUGUAAUUUUGAAGCUUUUUAAAGCCAGGAUCCUGAAGUUUAGACUUGAACUUAAAGUAUUUAUGUUGUGCGUCUGUUGGGAAAGAGGGUGCUUUGCAGUAUUUUUUUGUUAUCAGGGAUUGUAAAUGGAAGCAACUGCCUUUUAUUUAAAGGGAUAGUUCACACAAAAUUGAAAAUUCAGUCAUUGUUUACUCACGCUUCAUUUGUUGUUUGAGUUUCUAUCUUCUGCGCUGUAAAAUUGUUGGGUUCCACACAAUCAAUUUAUGUUGGGACAACAUGAAGGACUUAAGUUAACCUAUUAGUUUUUACAAAUUUAGGUAAAUUGAACAUAAAACAGUUAAGUUAUCCUCAAGUAAAACUCAAGAAUUGUGCUGUUUCAGCUUAUUUUAAAUGUGUAGUUUGAACAAAUGGCAAACACAUUUUUUUGAGUGUGUGGAACAUAAAAAAGGUAUCUUUGACUUCUGUAGUAUUUGUUUGUUUGUUUUUUUACUAUGGAGGUCAAUGGUUUUGGUUUGGAACCACUUGAGGGAGAGUGAGGAAAUAGUGAGUAGAUUUGAGUGAACUGUCCCUUUAAAUCUCUCCAAAUGCAGGAACUGUCCAGAAAAAAAAAGAAUCCUCAACAAGAGUUCUUAAUUAUUCUAAGUAUAAAGUCUAUCUAUAUAGAAGUAUAAAUAUAUAUUUAAGAGUAUAUAUUGAUAUUGUCGAGCAUUCCAGCAUUUACAGUUUUAACAUUCAAAGAAUGUUUUUCACAAAACGUUUAUUGAUAUUUGUUUGUUUGUUUUUUAUUUGUGAGAUCACACAGUGUCUUUAUGUAUUGUUU